AUGGCGAUGUCAACUGUUGCCAGCCUCGCUGAGGAUCGACGGAUCAUACCUAUUCUCCUCCUCACAGCGACCGUUCUCGUGUUUGCCGUCUAUGAGAUCGUGCGCCUAUCGGCACGCUUGCCUGGCUUUCAAGGUCCACCUGGCAGGCCGAUUGUAGGCAACUUAUGGCAGAUUCGCCAGAAGGACGCACCAGAACAAUAUCGGAAGUGGGCUAAGAAAUACGGACCUGUAUACCAGAUUCAGCUGGGAAAUAUUCCAGUUCUCGUUGUCAAUUCGGCAGCUUCAGCGAAGACGAUCUUCAAUCAGAACUCGCAUGCGACAAGUUCGAGGCCAGAGUUUUAUACCUUUCACAAAAUCAUUUCAGACACGGCUGGGACAACCUUGGGCACAAGCCCAUGGUCAGAGUCUACGAAGAGGAGAAGGAAGGCGAUAGCAACAGCCGUCAACCGACCGGCUGUGGCGACUUAUAUUCCUCAUCUUGAUCGAGAGACUCGGGUGUUCCUUUCACAGGCGCUCAAUGACGGCAACUGUGGCAAGACAGGCAUCAAUCCGAUGCCGUUGUUCCUCCGCAUGAACAUGAGUAUCGGUCUCACUCUCCACUGGGGAACCAGGAUGGAGUCGCAAAACGACCUCUUUCAUGAGAUUGUCCACGUCGAAGAUAUGAUCAGCAACUUUCGAAGUACAACGGGUAACUUGCAGGAUUAUAUCCCGCUUGUCCGUCUGAAUCCUUGGAAUACUCAGUCCGCAAUGGCCAAGGAUAUGAAAGUCCGCCGAGACAGGUAUAUGCAGCACCUGGACCAGGACCUGGACAAUCGCAUUAAGGCUGGGACUCAUAAACCAUGCAUCAGAGCGAAUGUGCUUGUUGACGAGGUGGCACGGCUUAACGCACUGGAGUUGAGUUCUCUGAAUCUCACGCUGUUGGCUGCAGGCCUAGAUACCAUGAAUUCUGCUGUCUCAUGGGGUAUUGCUAAAUUGGCAGAGCGACAGGAUAUCCAGGAUAGAGCACUUGCAGCCAUUCGUGAGACCUAUCCUAUUGACAGCCCUCUUUGUGACGCGGCCGACGACCAAAGCUGCGCAUAUCUUGUGGCAGUCAUCAAAGAGAUCCUCAGAUAUUUCUCGGUGACGAGGCUCUCGUUGCCCCGGUGUACCAUACAGGAUUUUGUGUAUGACAACAAGGUCGUUCCAAAGGGGACAGUUAUAUUCUUGAAUGUCUGGGCUUGCAACAUGGAUCCAAAGCUUUGGGACGAUCCGGAGGUUUUCCGUCCUGACCGUUGGCUAGAGCGGCCAGAGAGCCCCAUUUUCACAUUCGGUACAGGAUCUAGAAUGUGUGUGGGCAUGCAGCUGGCAUAUCGAGAGUUGUAUGUUCUUUUCUUGCGAGUCCUGAACAGUUUCAAGAUUGUUCCAGACGGGUUCAUCGAGACUCGUCCGAUUGAAGGGGUCGCAAACCCUGCAUCCCUGACAACGCAACCAAAGGAAUACAAGGUUCGCUUCAUUCCACACAAGUUGCCACUCUUGGAGAAAGCCUUGCAACAGAAGCAUUAG